AGCAAAAUUAAGCCGCCCACUCGUCACUGGGUUAUCUCUUGCAUCCUCAUACUGAUUUUGUAAUUUAAAAGGGGGUUUUUUUAACCCUUUUUUUCUUUCUUCCUUUUUAAUUUUGAAUUGCUGCCGUUUUGGGUUCUCAAUUUAAAGAUCUAUCAAUGCCCGAGUAUUGCUUCACCAACUAUCCAGUGGGAAACAUCAAGACAAUCGAAGCUGUUUGGGUUUUGUUCUCAGAAAAAGAGAGUUUUUCGUUCAAUUGAUUGAUUGCUUUGGAAUUCUGCUUUUCCAUGGCACCGGGCCGGAAAAGAGGCGGCGGAAGCAAAGCUGCUUCCGCCAGGAGACAGUGGAAGAUAGGGGAUCUCGUGCUUGCUAAGGUCAAAGGCUUCCCAGCCUGGCCUGCAACUGUAAGUGAGCCCGAGAAGUGGGGCUAUCCUCCUGACUGGAAGAAGGUGCUUGUCUACUUUUUUGGGACUCAACAAAUAGCUUUUUGCAACCCCUCUGAUGUUGAAGCUUUCACAGAAGAGAAGAAAGAAUCUCUCGUCGGAAAACGUCAUGGGAAAGGUGCAGAUUUUGCUCGUGCUCUGCGGGAGAUAAUUGACUGCUAUGAGAAGUUGAAAAAGGAGUCAACUAGAAGUGAUCUGAUGUAUGAAAUGCCCACAGAAACACACAGUUGUCAAACAAUGAAACAGGUCGUUGGAGAUUCAAGUGAUCGAAACUGUUCAACUAAAAUUGGUACGACUGGAGCUGUAGAGGAAAUAUCAUUUGAUGAACAAAUGCCAUCAAAAGAGCCUAAUGGUAUGGUGGAAGGUAUGCAUUUUAGUAACACUCCUUCAAGAAGGAAACUCAACUCUCUGAGACCACGUAUUUGUACCACACAAAAAAGAUCAUCUAGGAGUUCUUUGAGAAAUGACACUUUGAGGAGGAGUCAAAGGACUAGGAAGUUAUUAGAUGAUGCUAACAUGGAUGGGGUAGGUUCUCCUACAUCCUUUUCAAAUGAUAGUUUUGAAGAGAUAGAUUCUGAAAUUGUUACAGCAGAUUCUGAUUCCUCAAGCUUCAAUGAAGGCAGCAGUGUAGAAUCUGGUUGCAAACUUGAACCUAGGUCCCUGGAGCAUUGUGAAGGGGAGGUAGAGUUUGACCACAAGCUUGAUUUCCAUGGUAAUGCUGUAAUACUUAAGAAGAAGAGGAAACCAAAUAGAAAGAGAUUUCCUAAUGUUUCAACUGCUGCUACUGCAGAUCCUUUUAAAGAAACAAUUUCUGAAACACAGAUGGUUUUAUCUGGACAUAAAGUGUUGAAUAAUGUUGAGAAGCCAACUGAAAGUUUUGUAAAAAGUAUCAAGGAAGAUGGUGAUGAGCACCUGCCACUUUUCAAAAGAGCCAGAGUUCGCAUGAGUAGGGCAUCACCUGUGAAGGAACUUGAUGUUUCUGUGCAGGUAGAGGAUAAAAGGACAGAAGUGUGUAAUGCCCCUAGAGAGCAGUGUACUCUGUCAUUCCAUGAAGGCGAUAGUUCUAUUGCUCAAAAUUUACCCACAUCAAAUACAAGCCCUGUCAAAGUGGAACAAUUUUGCAAUAAAAAAUUUGGUGGUUCAGUUGCUGGUGAGUCUGCUUUGCCUCCGUCUAAACGUCUUCACCGUGCUUUGCAGGCCAUGUCGGCUAACACUUCUGAAGACAAUCAAAGAAAUUUCGGGGGCCUAUCAAAAAUUAAUAAUUCAAUUGGUGGAUGCUCUUCUGUGGGCUAUUGCAGUGGGUCAUUAGAUAGUUGCAAUGUAGAUAAUGAAUCUGGAAAGGAGAGAGUGGAGAAACUUCUGAUAAAUGCUUCAAAGGAUGAUUCCACUCAGCUUACGACAGGAACUGCAGUGCCAGCAGACAUCCUUGAAAUCAAGCCAGCUAAUGUUGGGGAGAUACAAGCCAAGGUGGAAUCGCGUAAUGGAGACUUGGUGAAGAUCUCAAUAAACCACAGUGAUAUGCCAUCAACUCCAAUUGGAUGUGUCAAUGACAACCAUAAAUUCGACGGUUCUGAUUUCUCAAAGCCUUCUGGCGAGUCCACUUGUGAAACUCACCGGUUGUGCUCAGAUUCUUUUGAAAGUAAUAAAAUUGCCACAAGUUCGUCCAAAAUAAACGACAUCCCUCAUAUGCUUGCAUUGGAGGUUAAAUGUGGUGAAACUAACAGUGUGAGUCAACAUUCAUUGGAUGAGACUAAACGAGACAAUGAAAUAUCCAAGGCCGAAGAGGGCAUCAGAAUGAUACUGAAGGAUGCAAGUGCUAUAUCCCCACCUGAAAAUAUAAUGAGUUCUUUACAGCAAGAGAUGCAUCUGUCUUGUUCAAGUUCUAUUUCUGACGAUCAAUUGGGUGAAAAACCUGUAUCAAUUACCUUAUCAUCGUCAUCUCUUACCGAGGGGUUGGAUUCAAGUGCACGAGCAUCUCCUCCGAAUACUUCAGUAUGCAAUACGUCUAAAUCAGAUGGUUUUGUCCUUGAUAAACCAAAGGUUGCAGACAAAGUGAGCAGCAAAAGAGAAGCUAGUGCUGCUCUAGCCUAUUUUGAAUCCAUUUUAGGAGCACUGACUCGGACUAAGGAAAGCAUUGGUCGCGCAACACGUGUUGCUAUAGACUGUGCUAAAUUUGGUGUUGCCACUAAGGUAGUUGAAAUUCUUUCCUCUGUUUUGGAAUGUGAGUCCAGUUUACAUAGAAGAGUGGAUUUAUUUUUUCUAGUGGAUUCUAUUGUUCAGAGUUCAAGAAGCUUGAAAGGUGAUAUUGGUGCUAUAUAUCCUUUAGCUAUUCAAACAGUUCUGCCACGUAUGUUAGCAGCAGCAGCUCCUCCUGGAAGUUGUUCCCUAGAAAACCAGAGGCAGUGCUUAAAAGUGUUGAAGGUUUGGCAGGAAAGAAGGUUACUUCCUGAAUCAGUCAUUCGCCCUCACAUCACAGAGCUGGAGUCGUUAUCUAGUUUUUCUUCUGGUGGUGUAGUCUCUCGGCGCUCUUUAAGAACAGAGCGGACUUCUGACGAUCCACUUAGAGAAAUGGAUGGCAUGAUGGUUAAUGAAUAUGGAAGCAACUCAAGUAUUCAGCUCCCUGGCUUUUCUAUGCCUCCCAUGCUAAAGGCUGCAGUUGACUCUGAUGGAGAGGGUUUUGAGGCUGUUACUCCUGAACACACUGCCACAGAAUCUGAAGGACAGGAAUAUGUUGUCCAAAGCAUUGAGAAGCAUCGAUGUAUAUUGGAAGCAGUUGAAGGUGAACUUGAAAUGGAGGAUGUGGCUCCUCCUAAUGAAGAUGAAAUUCCUGCCAUUAGUAAUGGUCCUAGAAUGGACACAGAACAGGUUUCAGAUUACCCAGUCAUAAAUCAUGUACAAACUCAACCACCAUUCCCAAAGGAUUUACCUGUAACUACACCUACUAUAUUGUUGUCCCCACAGCCACCCCCUCCGUCUUUGCCACCACCGCCCCUUCCAUCUCUGUCACCACCACCCCUUCCGCCUCUGCCACCACCUCUGCCUCCGUCUUUACCACCACCUCCCUCCCAGCCUCCACCUCCUCCUCCACCCCUUCCACCGGCACCUGCUAGUUUUGUUUCUCCUGUUGCAUCUGACUCGAUAUCUAAAGGCGUGCAUUCAAAGUUCUCUUCAAGUUCANCUCCGUCUUUACCACCACCUCCCUCCCAGCCUCCACCUCCUCCUCCACCCCUUCCACCAGAACCUGCUAGUUUUGUUUCUCCUGUUGCAUCUGACUCGAUAUCUAAAGGCGUGCAUUCAAAGUUCUCUUCAAGUUCAGAGAUCACGAAAGACAUUUUAGAAGAAUCUGCUCUGCAAAAACCUGUCAAAGCAAGAUCUGAACCAAGAAUUUCAGAUGCAGAUCAACAUCAAGCCGCUGACAGGAGAGGAAUCCAUCCAUUCAGUAGUGAAUCUGCUCGUCAUCAAUCUGUUUGGACAGCCAAUAACUUGCCACCGGCUGAUGGAACCUUUAAAAAGAACUCCCGAUUGCGUCCGCCACAUCCUGCCCCGUCAAACCAAUUCUCCUAUAUUCAGACUGAUCAGCAAGCUCAAGCAACAAGGAAUGCUCACCAUUCUUAUCCAAACAGAUUUCAUCAUGCGCAUAAUAACAUUGAUCAUGUUGAUCUCUACAGAGGUCGUGAUGCUGGAGAGUACUGGAGGAGCUCAAAUCUGCAUUCUGGCACAUGCUACGAGGACUGUGACAGAGUCCCUUACGACGCUGGUCCGUAUACUUCACCGCGCCAAAGGGGAUAUCGUGAUCACAGAUGGGCUCACCACCCGUCGCGGCCCAUGAACUAUAGAGAAUUCCUACCCCAUAGAAUACACUCGGAAGGCCCAUUCCCAAUAACAAAUAGAGGUUCCAAGUAUUGGAGACCAAGAUAGAGUGGCAGAACCCCUAGACCUCUACUGUUUAUGCCUCUGAUAAAAAUGUGGGGUAUGAAAUCUCUGUCAGUUAUUCCCAGUUUGCCCUUUGUCUGUACAUACACCAUUCCAUCAGCAAUAUAUAAAAAUGUGAUGUAGACUAGAACAAGUGAGCCAAACCCUUCAUCAUGUCAAAGGCAUCAAGUUUCUUCCAUAGAGUUGUAACAUAAUCUUUAGGCAGCGGACUUGUUUUUGUAAAUGCUGUACCCUUUUUUUCUUUGUUAUUUUUCAAUACGGAGUAUUCCAUAAGGUUAUGCACAUUUUUUAGUGUGCUAGAAUUUUUAUCUUAUACUUUCAGUUCUUAGGGUUGUUGUUUUUUUCCCUGUCCUGUAACUGUUCUCGUGUAUUCUCGCAUUUAAUGUCAAAAGAUUAUUUAAUAAUCCAUGAAGUUUAUU